AAUGCAAGCGACUUUAUUGGAGAGUGUGCCGUUACACGAUCAUGCGAACCAUGUAUGAAAACCAACAUAGCAAAAGCAGCUACUGUUUUCUGCAAGGACUGCAACGAGUGUCUUUGUGAAACUUGCAGAAAGUCACAUAUCGAAAAUAAAUCAGGGAAGCAUGACGUGAUCAGUAUUCAGGAAAAAGAAUCGCGUACAGAUGUAGUGGACAUGAAAGAAAUGGACAAGUGCUCGGAGCAUGGUAAAAGAUUCGAAUUUUUCUGUGAAGAUCAUUCUAAGCUUUGCUGCACUACCUGUGUUAUCGCACAUCGAAUUGUGACACUUUAGAUAAAAUUGCUGGCAUUUCCAAGCAGACAGUAGAAGCGUUGCUUGGAUUGAAAGAGUCAUUGGUCAAAUUAAAAUCGGAUGCAGACGUUAUUGUUGCCGAAUGUAAGAAUUUUGAAAAACAGUUGAAUGCGUCAGUUUUAGAAGUAUCAAAAGAAGUCGACGAAAUGAGGGAUCGUUUGAUAAAACUGUUUGACGCGGCGAAAGAUGAAUUGCUUAUAAAGGCAACAGAUUUGAAGAGUGAAGAGGUGAAAAAACUUGAUCAAAUGCAAUAUGUUAUUUCAACCAAUAAUGAAGUAAUCAAUCAACUAUUGCCAAUGUGCUCUGCUAUAGCACAACACGGUUCACCGCAGCAAGUGUUUAUAUUAACAAAACAGAUAGAGGAGAAACAUAACACUAUCGAAUACAAUAUAAACGAACAACGAAAGACGAAAUUUUCAUCUAAAGUGAUGAUGUCGUUUCCAGGAGAGCUAUCGUCGCUUCUGGAAAUGGGCAAACAUGUGAUUGAUGUUAAUUUUGAACGAAAAGGAAAUCCCAGUUCCAUCAGGUCGCCACUCCAACCGAAACCAAUUACCCUAAAGCUGCUCUUCUCCGUGGAUCUAUCAAAUACUGAAGAUGAUGAUCAUGAACCAUUUUUAAGUGGACUGGACUUCCUACCGGAUGGAAGACUUGUACUCGCGGAUAACAUAAAUAUGAAAUGUAUGAUAUUGAAUGAGAGGUUGCAGAGACUUGGAACACCGUACACGUUCAAGUCAUCUCCAAAAGACGUAGUUGUUUUUUCUCGGAGUGAACUAGCAUUGACGAUGGGUAAACAAAAGAUAAUAUGUAUCAUGUCAGUUGAUUCUGACAAUGUAAUAAGUCUGACAAGGGAAAUCAGCACAUCGUGUGAAUACUUCUCUAUAUGCUGCAUUACGCCAACAAAUAUGGUCGUGAGCACGUCAAAUAAUCCCUGUCAUGUAAGAAUGAUAUCUGUGGACGGAGUUGAAACUGACUUUGAUCACCUGGAGUUUCAUAAGAAAACGUACAAACAAGGUGAAAGUAUGAGCACAUAUGUCAAGCCCAAGAACACGUUAUUACUGACUGACAGGUUCGCUCACACAGUUUACAUGUACAACACCGUAAAGGGAACGACUAACGCAGUCACUGAUAGGAACAUAAAAGAACCACGGGGUGCCUGUGUCGGACCUAGUGACACAGUGCUGGUGUGCAGUUCGUUGAAUAAUUCCAUCGUGCACCUGACUGUUGGCGGUGAAAUACUUGGUAAAUACCCUGUAUAUAUGCAGCAUCCGUUUAGCCUGUGUGUUUCUACGGAUGGAAACAUGCUUGCGGUGGCAAACAAUUAGAAAGGCGCAAAAAAAACUGCAGUUAUAUAAAUUAUAUUACCUGCACUUAAUCACUAGAAUGUGAUCACUGACGUUAUAUAAUUUAGGUAAUCAUUGAAAAGACUCAUCAAAUUACAAUCAAUUUAUGCGUAAGUAUAUAGUUGAUCAUAUGACAAACACAAAUAAAUUGAUGUGAAUGAUAUUUUGUAAAAGGUUAUAUAAAUAAUAUUAAUUAUUACACUGUUGCGCAUGAUGUUGACGGGAACAAUAUAAAUCUUCACAGACCAUAGUUUUUAGGAACUAAAUGCCAGUUGUACAAUAUUUAAAAAGUGUUGAAAAAAUGCUUUCUUUGGAUUGAACUGCAUUUUGUCUUUCGGUGUGUGUCAACCAAUUGUUUAAGGCAAACAGGCAAACUUUAGGUAUUAUAAGGAAUAAUUGUAUAACUGAUCCUAAAUAUAUAUUUAUAAGUUACCAAACUUCUAUAGUUAUCGUAAGCAAAUGCUGAACUUCGAUAACUUAUUCAAUUAACUGUACAAAUAUUUGUAUACAAUUUAUAUAAACUAUUCUGGUUAUAUUGUAUUUUUCUGUCCCAUCACGUAGUUCACCAAGAUAAAUAUCUCUCUCUUCAUUUACACAUUUACAACUGUUGACACGACUAUCAAACGAACUACAAUGUAUAUGGCUUUAGGCAUUUAAAAUGAAUUUGCAAGUGUGUCCACUACAGUUAAUGUUCAUGUGUUAGAUUGCUAUUGAAUGGAUAUUAGACUUCAUUGAGGUGAAAGGCUUGUGCUUGGACAAGUCGAAAUACAUAUUUCUCAAAUCAUCUGCUCUCGACCUUUCAGCCCACUUCAGCUGUAAUAUAUCGAAUCAUUUAGGAAUAUUGCAUACUUGUGAAUGUAUUUUUAACUAAAUAACAUUCUCAGUUUUAUGUUUAUCACAGUGACACUGAAAUCUGUCCCAAAAAAGUCCCAUAAAUCCUGUGUACCUAUCCAGGUGAGAUCCACGUAGAAAAAUUAUUCUACACCGUAAACGUAUAAUACCGGCGUGAGUAAAGCAAGACGACAGGAUAUAUAUAUA